CCAGUGCUGCACUGCGGCGGCGGCACGGCGCAACCAAACCUCCUCCCUCCACCGCCCACCCCGAUCCUGGCACCGCCCCCUUCCUCGGCUGUGAUUGGCAGGACGGGUGGAGCGGUCGGCGGCGAUUGGCGGGUGGCGGCGGGAGGUGGGAUUCUUCGUUGUCAAGCCGCCAAAGUGGAGAGUGCGAUUGCAGAAGGGGGUGCUUCUCGUUUCAGUGCUUCUUCAGGCGGAGGAGGUGGUAGGGGUGCACCUCAGCACUAUCCCAAGACUGCCAGCAACAGCGAGUUCCUGGGGAAAACCCCAGGGCAAAACGCUCAGAAAUGGAUUCCUUCACGAAGCACUAGACGAGAUGACGACUCCGCAAACGACAAAGAACGACAUGAUGCAAUCUUCAGGAAAGUAAGAGGCAUACUAAAUAAGCUUACUCCUGAAAAGUUUGACAAGCUAUGCCUUGAGCUCCUCAAUGUGGGUGUAGAAUCUAAGCUCAUCCUAAAAGGGGUCAUACUGCUGAUCGUAGACAAAGCCCUUGAAGAGCCCAAGUAUAGCUCGCUGUACGCUCAACUAUGUCUGCGACUGGCAGAAGAUGCACCCAACUUUGAUGGCCCAUCAGCAGAGAGUCAUCCAGGACAGAAGCAAAGCACAACAUUCAGACGCCUCCUAAUAUCUAAACUUCAAGAUGAAUUUGAAAACCGAACCAGAAAUGUUGAUAUCUAUGAUAAGCAUGAUGGUCCCCUCCUCCCUGAGGAGGAGGAACAGAGAGCCAUUGCCAAGAUCAAGAUGCUGGGGAACAUCAAAUUCAUUGGAGAACUUGGCAAGCUUGAUCUUAUUCAUGAAUCUAUCCUUCAUAAGUGCAUCAAAACACUUUUGGAAAAGAAGAAGAGAGUUCAACUCAAAGAUAUGGGGGAGGAUUUGGAGUGCCUCUGUCAGAUAAUGAGGACAGUGGGACCUAGAUUAGAUCAUGCGAAAGCCAAGUCCUUAAUGGAUCAGUACUUUGCCCGUAUGCGCUCCUUGAUGUCAAGUAAGGAAUUGCCAGCAAGGAUUCGUUUCCUGCUGCAGGAUACUGUGGAGUUGAGAGAACACAACUGGGUUCCUCGCAAAGCUUUUCUUGACAAUGGACCAAAGACUAUCAAUCAAAUCCGUCAAGAUGCAGUAAAAGAUCUGGGAGUUUUUAUUCCUGCUCCUAUGUCUCAAGGGAUGCGAAGCGACUUCUUUCUGGAGGGACCCUUCAUGCCACCCAGGAUGAAACUUGACAGGGACCCACUCGGAGGGCUUGCUGAUAUGUUUGGACAAAUGCCAGGUAGCGGAAUUGGUACUGGUCCAGGGGUUAUUCAGGAUAGAUUCUCACCCACCAUGGGACGCCAUCGUUCAAACCAACUCUUCAAUGGCCAUGGGGGUCACCUCAUGCCUUCUGCUCAAUCCCAGUUUGGAGACCUAGGCAAAUCUUUUCUGAAAAGUCAGGGGCAAAGCCAACUCUACCAUACCCAGAAUCAGGGACUCUUAUCCCAGCAACAAGGACAGUCGAAGGAUAUGCCACCUCGGUUUUCUAAGAAAGGACAGCUUAAUGCAGAUGAGAUUAGCCUGAGACCUGCUCAGUCUUUCCUGAUGAAUAAAAACCAAGUGCCAAAGCUUCAGCCCCAGAUAACUAUGAUUCCUCCCAGUGCUCAACCACCACGCACUCAGACACCGCCUUUGGGACAGCCGCCUCAACUUGGUCUUAAAACAAAUCCACCACUUAUACAAGAGAAGCCUGCAAAGACCACCAAGAAACCACCUCCUUCUAAGGAAGAGCUACUUAAACAAACUGAGGCUGUUGUGACUGAGUAUCUGAACAAUGGAAAUGCUAAUGAUGCUGUCAAUACUGUGAGAGAAAUGAGAGCUCCGAAACACUUCAUUCCUGAGAUGCUGAGCAAAGUAAUCCUUCAAUCCCUAGAUAGAUCAGAUGAGGACAAAGAGAAAGCAAGUACGUUGAUCAGCUUGCUCAAGCAGGAGGGAAUAGCCACCAGUGACAACUUCAUGCAGGCAUUCCUGAAUGUAUUGGACCAGUGCCCCAAACUGGAGGUGGACAUCCCAUUGGUGAAAUCCUACUUGGCACAGUUUGCAGCCCGUGCCAUUAUUUCAGACCUGGUGAGCAUUUCCGAACUGGCUCAACCACUGGAAAGUGGCACCCAUUUCCCUCUCUUCCUGCUCUGUCUUCAGCAGUUAGCUAAGUUACAAGACCGUGAAUGGCUAACAGAAUUGUUCCAACAAAGCAAAGUGAAUAUGCAGAAAAUGUUACCAGAAAUUGACCAGAACAAGGACCGCAUGCUGGAGAUCUUGGAAGGGAAGGGGCUUAGCUUCUUGUUCCCACUUCUGAAACUGGAGAAGGAACUGCUAAAGCAAAUAAAAUCAGAUCCAUCCCCUCAAGCCAUCUAUAAGUGGAUUAAAGAUAACAUUUCACCCAAGCUUCAUGUAGAUAAGGGAUUUGUGAAUAUAUUGAUGACCAGUUUCUUGCAGUAUAUUU